AGCGCAAUCGCUUUUUUUAGCAAAUAUUCAUGAAGAAAGAUGGCUACUACAAGGCCAGAAAGUUUAGAUGCUGAGCCAGCGGUUAAAGCAACGUCUGCUAACAGACAUCUGAUGCAGAAAAACAUGAGAGCAUCAGAUAACUGGUUUAAAGCAAAGCGAGCAUUAGACCGAGAGCAACGACAGUAUGAAAGCAAAGUCAACAUAGACAAAAAUGCUCUUCUCAAGCAAAGAGAUCGCCUACAAAGUAUAUCGCUGACUUUAGACACUGUACAUGAAUCAGAGACUUCCUCCACUGUAUCGUCAACGCCCAGAGCCCAAGUAAACCCUGAAUCUGGUUUCACUAAAAGAAGAAUGACACUGGCCGAUGURUAUGACUCUUURAUCAGAUCAGUCAGGGAACAAAACUCAGGUGGAGGUGAUAACAGAAGUGUUUAUUCAGAGCCGAACUUGACUAAAUCAAGCACUGCUAGUUUUGAUAGCAAGAAGGUAAAAAGAAAGCCUGUCAAGUUUUCGCUACAAAGUCUUCAGCGCGCACAAAGUAACCUACAGGAGAAGCUUGAAGCCUUGAAUCAAACCCCUGACAACGACGAAACAAACAGCGAAUCUGAACCAACAUCACCCCCUGGAUAUUUUGAUUUGAGCGAGGCCGAAAGGAAGUUAGGACCAAAAUUACACCUCCCUCCCACCACUCUGCCACCUAUUCGAUCCCAAACAGUUUUUAAACCGCGUUCUAGAAGCUUUGAUCGUCCUUUUGGACCAACUACAGCUCAAGAAGAUUUCGDAGACCUUCAGUAUUGUCGCUACAUAAGGGGGGCUGUCAGAGGAGGAAGAAGAAACUCCGCUCCUGCAGUGCGUCAUGUCAAACGGUCGGUGCAGAAAAUUCAAUAAAUUAAGAGGUACAGACUAUAUACCAAGAGACACUAGCGUGAUUUGGUAGAUAGAUUGUAAAAUGUCUUACAAAAAUACUGAUAAUGUUUAUUAUACACCUAAGCACUUAAGCACCCAUCCGUUAAGAAAGGAUUAUGAAYCCUCGAUCAGAUAAUUAACCGUUAUCGCGAAAAGUAAUUAACAAUCAAAGAUUGUUAAUGCAAAUUGUACAGAUUUGAAUUCACUCCUUUAUAUAAAAGGCAGAAGGAUUGACAUUGUUAUCACCAWACACGUUCASCAUGUUAUGCCGCGAGAAAUAUAUGCAAACGUCACGUCUAGAUGCAUUAUCCCUAAAAAAAUAACACCAAACCACKACAAAUCAUACCUCRAAAAUYAYMAAAAUGAUCUUUUUGUGUACACUACAUUUUAAUGAAAUUGUCUGGCGUCUGGUGCAAGGUCUUGAACUUAUGGUUUCUAAUGGUUAGGUGUUAGUGCUGUGGACUUCUUAGAAAAGAAACAAAGAAAUUAAAAUGACCACACAACAUUACGGAUCGAAUUAAGUUUAUUACCUCCAGAUCAUCGACUGGAAGUUGAGCUAUUAUAAAUAUAGGGUUAUAUUCAUUGGUAAGAAUAAAUGCGUAGUAGCCUGUCCUUAUAUCCCAACAUAAGAAGUUCAAGGUUUGAGUGUAACGUUAUAAAUCCGUGAAACAAAUUGUAUAGUUUGAUUAGCGUAUUCGAAAGGAUAUUCCUAAAUGAACUCACACCCGUGAAACAACAUGUAAACGAAUUACUAUCAAUAGUUUUGUUUCACGGAUUUGUUUCCCGAAAUUUUAGGCAUCUCUUAAAGCAUCACUAUCCACAAUAUAAAACAUUUUAUUGAUUCUGUGUAAGUCAUCAAAGGACAGGCUACACUCUUUCUGAAAUACUUCAUAAUCGUCAGUUAAUGAGCUCUUUUUACCAACUUUUUUAAAUAUUUUAAUUACGAAAAUGCAAAGCCAUGAAKGAAUCAUUUAAUGGCUUUGUUAUAAGGCUCUUUAUUAUGCUCUGCAAUUAUUUUACAUUAAAAUGAUCAUACAAAAUA